GCUCAUCCUCGCUGGAGUCUGCUCAGUGGCUGGAUUUGCUGCACACACCAGCUCCUGGAUGGGGCCGGGGAGGCUUUCUCUGGCUGGGAUGAAGAACUUGAACAGAAACUCAUUGCCGGCUUCCUCCCUGUGUGAGCUGUGUGUGAUUCCCUGGUCCACCACCCUCCCCCAGGACAUCAAGGACAGUUACCAGGUGCCGGGGCCUGAGGAGCCAUGACAAUGGAGGCUCUCCCCAAGGUCGUGGAGGUCGACGAGAAGUCUCCAGAAUCCAAGGACCUGCUGCCCAGCCAGACCGCCAGCUCCCUGUGCAUCAGCUCCAGAAGUGAGUCUGUCUGGACCACCACCCCCCGGAGUAACUGGGAAAUCUACCGCAAGCCCGUCGUCAUCAUGUCCGUGGGCGGUGCCAUCCUCCUCUUCGGUGUGGUCAUCACCUGCUUGGCCUACACCCUGAACCUGGGUGACAAGAGCCUUAAGGUCCUUAGGAUGAUAGGGCCUGCCUUCCUCUCCCUGGGACUCAUGAUGCUGGUGUGUGGGCUGGUGUGGGUGCCCAUCAUCAGAAAGAAACAGAGGCAGAGACAGAAAUCGGUUUUCUUCCAGAGUCUCAAGUCCUUCUUCCUGAAUCGCUGAUGGCAGCCUCACCCUCUGUCCUCCCCAUCCCCCUACCACCUCAACCCGGAGAAGGAGAUCUGACCAACAUUCAACAUCCCUGUCUCCCUGGUGGGGUUUGCCAUAAAACUGAUCCUGGCAAACCCUCUUCCUGGCCCUGUGGGCAAGAGAGCUCAGGGCUCCACCCUCCAUGUGGCUGGGGAACAUUGCUGGGUGUAUCUCAUUUAGUCUCUCUGUUAUUACUUAGAUCCUGGCCACAGCCAUCCCCUUUAAGGCCCUCAUUCCCUGCCCAUGCAUCCAGGCAUCACUCAUCUAACUCUCUCUGCCAAGCGCUAUGCACGUUGGGAAAUUCCUUGGGGUGCCCUGUGCCCCAAGGAGAACCUCAUGUUUACAUAUCUGAGUGCCUGAGCUGGAUUCCGCAUUUGCAUCCUUCUAGAACCAAAACUGACCAACAGAGGUCCUUCACAAAAGAGAGGGGAGGCUGAGUUCUGACCCAUUGGGUUUGCCAGUCCAGCUCCCUUCGUGGGCAAAAUACUGACUUGCAUUACAAGAGACCAGGCAAGUCACAAGUAUGAAACAUUCCAAAGAGUGACAGUGAAAGAUGGCUGGGGAAAAACACUUUCCAAGAAUGCACAUUCCCCUAGACCUGGCUCUGGGAGUCAGCCAGCAGAGGAAGUUCAGUUCCCAGUUGUAUAGUAUCUACACCAGAGGCAGUGGAGUGGGCCAGGAGGUGUCACAGUUUCCCCCUGACCUUCUACUCCUUCUCCUUGACUCCUCUCUCCACCAAACUUGCCAAUUAGCCAAGGACAAGUGCACGUUGCCCUAACUUCCUCCUUGCCCCCAUCUGCAGUUCUAGAACAGCAAGAUAGAAAACUGCAGAGGGAUUCUGUAGGAUUGUUCUCUCGUUUACCACCAUUGAGAAACAAAACCAAGAAGAUCAAAUUCCACAUUUGAAUAGUAUGUAGGUUUCCAGAGAUGGAAUUCGCUUUCGAAAAUCCCCACUUCUGCCAUCCCUGUCCCCACCCACCAAACAAACAAACAUUUAUUGAGUGCCCUGCUCUGCGCCAGGCCAGGGGUUGGGAGCAAGACAGACACGGUCCCUGCUCUCAUCUUCUUUCCAAAGUAAGAGCUCCAGCCAGGCCAACAGGUGAUUGGAAUACCCUGUGCUCAGUCCUUGAUUGGGAAAAUGUGGGUGGGUGUGGGAACACGGAGGAGUCACCUAAUGCAGACUUGGCAGAGGACAGAGAGAUUGCUGGAGGCUGUCUAAUCCAAACUGAGAACAAAAGGA